CUGUCUCCGGGUUAUUUUUAGCUCCAGCACCUGUCACUGGGAUUGUCUGCGUUGUCUGGUCGGGAAGGAUUUGGUGAUUCGGGGAUUCUGCUCCCCCAUGUUGGGUUCAGCCGCAGGAGAGAUGGAUUCUGCAGAGAGCUCCCGAUUUAACUUCCAUGCACUAGAUGUCCCCCCCGGAGUCUCUGGGGGGCCCCAGGUGGAGGAUGAAGAUGGAGAAUUCUUCGAUUUUGACAGCGACGGCGACAGAGAUGAUUCCGGGGCCAAUAAAGGGUUAAAGGUCGGACUGUCCUCUUCCAGCAGCAUCCAGGAGAAGAUUCAGGAGCCCCCAUCCCCCGCCACAGAGCCGAUCGCCCCGGCCCGACCGUCCAGGUCUCCGUCCGUUGUCAGCAAUGGGGAUCCCGGAGGUCGGAGGAAGGUGGAGGGCCGCAGGCACAGCGUCAAGAAGAGUCUGAGCAAGAAACGUUUAUCGAGUUCUCGCAGCUCUGGAGACGGCGUGAUUUACGACGACGUUCCCCGUGAUCAUCAAAGCCAGGAUGGUAAGAGAG